AUGAGCGGUACCGCGACCCCUCCACCCCAGUCGACUGGCAGCAGCAAGCUCGACGCCCUCAAGCAGACCGCCGAGGCUAAGCUUGAGCCCAAGCAGCGAUCCGGCAUCGACCUCUACUCCCGCUUCGCCCUCGCCGGUGCCGUCUGCUGUUCCGUCACCCACGGAGGCCUCACUCCAGUCGAUGUGUAAGUUACCGCAGGCGCCAUCAGCACGAUUCGAACAGCGCAUGACAAGAGACGGCGAUAGCGGAUAUAAAGGCUUCGAUAUGAGAUGGGCGCGCGACGGGAGGAUAUAUCGGACAAGAGCUGACACAUGUCAUUGAACAGCGUCAAGACCCGUAUCCAGCUUGACCCAGUCACCUACAACCGUGGCCUUAUCGGUGGCUUCCGCCAGGUCAUCCAGAAUGAGGGUGCUGGUGCUCUCUUGACCGGUGUUGGUCCAACCUUCGCUGGUUACUUCCUUCAGGGUGCCUUCAAGUUCGGUGGUUACGAGUUCUUCAAGCAGCAGUCGAUCAACCUCCUCGGCUACGAGACUGCCUCCAACAACCGCACGGCCGUCUACCUCGCGUCCUCUGCUCUCGGAGAGUUCUUCGCCGACAUUGCUCUCUGCCCUCUCGAGGCCACCCGUAUCCGUAUGGUCUCCGAGCCUGGCUUCGCCAAUGGCUUGAUGACUGGUUUCAGCAAGAUCGCCAGCCAGGAGGGUAUUGGCGGCUUCUACUCUGGUUUCGGUCCCAUCCUCUUCAAGCAGUAAGUAGCAGCAGUCCCGAGCAACUGGGCAUGGUCUAACACUGGCACAGAGUCCCGUACACCAUGGCCAAGUUCGUCGUUUACGAGAAGGUCGCCGAGUACGCAUACGCCAACUUCUUCGAUAAGGCCACGACGAGCGCUGGCAUGCAGACCACCAUCAACCUCGGUUCCGGUCUCAUCGCUGGUUUCGCCGCUGCCAUCGUCUCUCAGCCAGCCGACACCAUGCUUUCCAAGAUCAACAAGACCAAGGGUCUUCCAGGUGAGGGUACCACUAGCAGACUCAUCAAGAUCGCUAAGGAGCUCGGCAUUCGUGGAUCCUACAGUGGUAUUGGUGCUCGUCUCUUCAUGGUCGGUACCUUGACUGCUGGUCAAUUCGCCAUCUACGGAGACAUCAAGAAGGUAAGUGCUCUCCUACCAUUGGAUAGAUCCUUCGAACUCUUGCUGACUGUUCAUCUAGGCUCUUGGCGCGACGGGAGGGUAUGUACAAUCUACUUUAGAAGCAUUGAGAUAUCUGCUAACGUUUUUGCAGUGUCGAGAUUGCCAAGUAA